AGGAGGAAAGAACAGAAAAGUGAACCGGAAGAAGAAGAACUAAAUCAACCUUAUGACGUCAAUUAACAUGGCGACCCCCAGGACUGUCUCAUGCUGACUGUUUGGAAUAAACCUUAUUUAUUCUUAAAUAACUUACACUUUUCAAAGCAGAGUAUGGGUCUUUCUUAACCUGUAAGGACAUAAUUAGGUGACGACAUGUUGGCCUCAGCGGGUGUCCGGCUGUCAGCAGCCUCCAGAGGGAAGGUCAGUCUGGUGUCUGUGAGCAGGAGACUCUGCACCAACCAGCCUGAAACCCCCGCUCCUAUCCUAGCUCCUCUCCCGGACAGCGAGCCGGUGGAGCCGCGGAGACCCAGGAAGGACCCCUCCGACUGUUCCGUGCUCCUCUUCCCCGGCCAGGGCAGCCAGUUUGUGGGCAUGGGUAGAGGACUCCUGCAGUACCCUAACGUUAAGGAAAUGUUCACGGUGGCCCAGAAGAUCCUAGGGUACGACCUGCUGUCUCUGUGCCUGCAGGGCCCCGAGGAGGAGCUGCAGAAGACGGUGCACUGUCAACCCGCCGUGUUCGUCACGUCACUGGCUGCGGUGGAGAGGCUCAACCAUGAGAACCCCAAGGCCAUUGAGACGUGUGUUGCUGCCGCAGGUUUCAGCGUUGGAGAAUUUGCUGCUCUGGUUUUCUCUGGAGCCAUGAACUUUGCAGAAGCUCUGUAUGCGGUGAAGGUUCGUGCAGAGGCCAUGCAGAGAGCGUCAGAGUUGGUUCCCAGUGGGAUGCUGUCAGUCGUCGGUAGACCACAGGCUCAGUAUAAGCAUGCCUGUCUACAGGCUAAAGAGCACUGCGUGAGUCUCGGGAUCGAAGAGCCGGUCUGUACUUUGGCCAGCUACCUGUUUCCUGAUGGCAGGGUCUUCGCAGGGCACCAGAAGGCUCUGGAUUUCCUGCAGCAAAACUCUCGACGUCUCCAGUUCAUGAGGACCAAACCUCUCCCGGUCAGCGGGGCCUUCCACACGGAGCUGAUGGAGUCGGCAACUGAACCGCUCAGAGAGGUUCUCAGACAGGUGGAGAUCCGUCGUCCCGACAUCAACGUGUACUCCAACGUGGAUGGAAAGCGCUACAUGAACGAGAAACACGUGCGUCGGCAGCUGGUGAAGCAGCUGGUGUCGCCGGUUAAGUGGGAGCAAACACUGCACGAGAUCUUUGAGAGGACGCACGGAAAAAAGUUCCCUUACACCUACGAGGUCGGUCCGGGAAAUCAGCUCGGUGCUACACUACAGAGGUGUAACAUGAAGGCCUUCAAAACGUAUGAACAUGUAGACGUCACCACUCAUGGCGAUGACUAAAUAUGAAGAGAUGUGGAGGUAAAAAAAAUGGGUGCUCAUUUCAGUGAGGACACCAACAGAAAGACCUUUAAGCUCCUGUGGUUGCUUUGUAUGGUCUUGUAAGUGAAUUGUCAUUAUGUAAUUAAAUAUUUUUUAUUAAUGAGACUUCAAAUUGUCAUAAUUUAGAAGUUUAUUUGCAUCACAUGAAAAAGCAUGUUCAAAUCUGACACGGAAAGUCCAGCUCCCUUAAUUUUAUAUUAAGCCAGGCUACAUAUCAUUUGUAAAAAACGUGGCCUCUUAAACCCGUAAGAAACUAAUCUGGAUAAAAAAAACUGCAGGCCAGCAACAGUCCAGUCAUGAGUAAAAUAUUUUGUUUACAUUAAUACAACUGUGAAACAACAUGUCACUGCUACAAUACGCUGGCCAUCCCUUUGGGCAACACUGUAAAACCAAUUUAAACAAUUUUCACAGUCCUAACUAAUUGAACUUUUUUUUUACUCUGUUUCUGGUCAUAUCAUUUCAAAUGCAAAACAUAAUCAAAAUAGUAAAAAAAGAGAAUUCAAAGUAAACAGCAGAAACAAAUCAGUAAGUAAUAAUAGUGAUUCAUUUGCAAACUUUUUUUGUCAAAGAUAUAACGGCCCAAAAGACCUGCUGAUGGCCCAAAAGACCUGCUGAUGGCCCAAAAGACCUGCUGAUGGCCCUUUUUAGGCUCUCUAUUCCUUCCACAGUGCAGUUAUGAUAGUGACUCCAGCCACCAGCGCCACCGUCCCCAGUGCUCGUCUGGUCCAGCCAGCGCAGGCUACUGGUUUUAAAUUGGACAUCUGAAAAGAAAGGACAUUUAAUUAUGUUAUUAUUUUGAUAAUCAAGCAACAAGUUUGAAAGCAUUGCGAUGAGACAUUUUGAAUGUGAAGAAAAAAUGUGCAUAUAAAUUAAGUUUUGUACAGGGUUAUUUCAAAGUCUUAUUAGUUUAUAUAUGUGUAUAUUUGUAUACCAUUAAUAUUGCUUGAAUUUUAGUCUUAUAAAGCUGUUUAAACCCUGAUUGUUGCAAGUAGUAAUGGUCACUUGAGGCACAGAUAGAAUACGACAGAAAAACGUUUACCCAGGCUGCCCAGCCGUCCGCUCUGAGGAUUCCCUGCCCAGGCGCAGUGCUCUCUAUCCAGGCCUUCACCCCUGCAGACAGGCCCUGGAAGCCCCACAACUGCCUGUGGAUAUCCCUUUAAGAGAAAAACGCCAACGUCAUAUCAGCUAUUCACAUAACUAUUGAGUUGAGGUAGAUUGUUUUUUCAUCAGAUUUUAUACCGGUAUAUGGUCCUGGUCAGUGCCUGCACAGGUCUCAGCAUGUGGAGAGGAGUUGGGAGCAAGGGGUUCCCUCUGCUGGCCCACUCCUGGUCCAGCUGGUCUCCAAUCGCAGCCAACUGGCUCCCAAAGGCCCGCGCAGCCCUGUCAUUUAUCCUGGAAAGUAAAAACAGCUCACCCUUAUUCAGUUAUUUUCACAAUGUUGCUGUUCUGCACAUUUUGAAAAAAAGUAGUAGCAUCCAGUGCUUCAUUGCAGGGGACUUUUUCCCAAUAAUAACAAAACACCAUCACUUUACUGUUGCUGCGUCCAAAGGGAAAGCUUUUUUUAAAUUGAUAUAAUCCUGAGCUUGUGAACCUCACCAAGGGAUCAAUAAAGUAUAUCUGAUUUUAUAAUAAUAUAUAGUUGAUUAUAUAUUAUUCCUAUUAUUUAUUGUAUAAUCUAAAAAAUAGCUAGAUUUAUCAAAUCCAUGUAGUGAGUACAAUAUUUGGCUCUUUAUUAGAGUGAAGUAUACGUAAAAAGUAGCAGAAAGUGGGAAUACAUACAAUACUUAAAUAAGUACUUAAAUAAAUGUUAUUGUUGACUGUAAAUCACUGUUUCUUUUUGCAGUAUUUGUUUAUUUUAUGGUACAAUGUAUCCCACAAGCCCAGCCUGUCUGAGCUGUAUGUUGUUGUUUUUCUCCCUAAUGUGGGGAUGGGUCAGUCUAAUACCUGAGGUUCACAUCUAAGAGGACAUCAGUGUCCCCUUCCCCAGGUCCAGCCUGCAGGGACACCACGCGCCUCGGCUGUCUAGUUUGCUCCACCAUCUUGUUUUCUGAGAAGAGAAACCGGUUUUAUUCAAAUGAUUCAUAUCAGCAUAUAAGAGAGAGAGAGGGAGUUCCUAGAGCUUCAUCAGCCAUGAAGAUGAGGUAAUGGUUCCAUGGUGAAAAAAUUGUUUUGCUGCUGAACUACCAACGUUCAUAAACAGGCUGUGUAAAUACUGGCUCAUGUGACCCGGAUAGGUGGUGGCUGUGUUAUCACGGAGAAAAUCCAGGUAGCUAAAACAGGCUCUUCCAGAUCUGAAGAUAACCUCAUCUGCUGGAUGGUUGUAGCAUACAUACUACUGUAUACAUCAACAUAAGUGUGAAUAUUUUUAUUAGUUAACGCAAGAAGUAGGUGUUUCUAAUCUACCUUUAUUACUGGAUUUAUGACUUGUUAUUUGCCCCAAAAGAUCAGGUGUGUUCCCUGUCCUUAGAGCACUUCCUGUUCCCACCAGCACUCAUGUUCCUUCAAUGCAAAUUAUGCAUUUACAUAACUCAAAUCACCCAACUGCCUUACCAAGAAGAAAUAAAACACAACAUGGUUUUAGUGUUUACAG